AUGAAUUUACGAGAACCAAAAAAAAAACGAUGUGUAAAAUUAAAAGAACAAUUACCAUUUCCAAUUGCGUUAGGUAAUAAGAGUGAAUGGACUACAUAUACUGCUCAUCUUACAGAUUUAGGAUCUUGUAUAAUAGAUCCAAAUGAAAUCGUUGCAGUACAUUCUAUGGGUUUUUUUGGGAAAGGAUCUUUAUCACGUGGUUUUCCUUCCUUUGGUAAAACACGGUACGGAGUACCUCCAGUUAUAAGAAAUAGACAGUGGAUUCGUAGACAAGAAUGGUUAAAACAAUUUCAUGAACUUAAUGUGGAAUCUAAUAGUAAACAUACAAAUUUAGAAGAAAAUAAAUGUAAACUUUCUUGUUCUAAAAAUCUUGAUGAAGAUGAUGUCAAAUUGUUAAACAGUCCAACAAAAGAAAGCACAUCAGAUAUAAUUGAAAUAGAUACACAUUCUGUUCCUUUGGAUGAAAAACAUAAAAAAUAUCAACAAACUGACAAAGAGAUAGAAAUAGAUAGAGAUAGAAAUUCUCUUCCCAUGAAAGAAGAUGCAGUGAUUAUUAUAGACAAAAACGUUAACAAACAAUGUAAUAAUAGUGAUAGUAAUCAAAAAGAAGUUAUUGAAGAUGAAGAAAAAGAAUGUUUUACAAAUUUUAGUUUUAAAGAUGAUAUCUGUUUUAGUGAUGAUAAUACAGAUAUCCAGAACAAGUUACUUAUCUUACCAGAUAGUGAUUCAGACAUUGAAAACUAUUUAAAAGAAAUAAAACCCAGAAUUGAAAGUGAAAGCUUCCCAAUUCAAGAAACUCUUCAUCUUACAUUUGAAGAAACAUUUUUUCUUUUGUAUGGUUUAGGUUGUUUAAAUCUAAUAGACUUUGAUGGUAAUUUAUUAGAUAUUGAUAGUGCUUGGCAUUUUUUCUGCAAAGCUGAUAAAAAUUUUAUUCCAAAAUAUGUUGUAUAUCAUUACUUUCGGAGCAAAGGAUGGGUAGUAAAACCUGGACUUAAAUAUGGUGGAGAUUUUUUGUUAUAUAAACAAGGGCCACCAUUCUACCACGCAUCUUAUAUUGUAAUAGUAGAUAUUUUGGAUGGUGACACAUUAAUCACAGAUCAAAAUAGAAGUAUGCAUAAAUUAACUUGGAAUAGUUUAUUAGGAUUAGAAAGAUUAUCAGAGACUGCAGCUAAGGAAAUAUUAUUUGCACAAGUUUUAUGGCCAUCUUCAACUUCUCAAACAUCCAGCUCAUUGAAUAUGGAUAUACUUCCUGAAUUUUCUGUGAGAGAAUUAUUAUGGAGAAGAUGGAACCCUAAGCAUAAUAAAGAUUUAGAAGAGGAAGAUGAGGAUUCAUGUUAA